GCGGUCAGCUGUCGUUGCACAAAUGCAGCUGCAUUCAAAAGCAUUUCGGAAUUCGUUACAAAAAAGUGGUAGUAAAUUUUGAAUUUAUUGAAACUUUGAGUCAAUCGUGAACCAUGGUCUUGAACCAGAGCAUCAAGGAAGCAAAGCUGCCGAUCUUCGGUCGACGCCAUGUACAGUGUUUAUUGCUCUUCUUUGGCGUCUCGCUCAUCUAUGCCAUGCGCGUCAAUCUUUCCAUUGCCAUUGUGGCGAUGAUGGAUAAGAAUGCGUCAAAUCCCGAUUUUCCUGAUUACAAAUGGUCGGAGCAAACAAAAUCUCGAGUGAUCAGCAGUUUCUUCUGCGGUUACAUUUUCACACAAGUUCCUGGUGGCAAUUUGGCGCGACGUUUCGGUGGCAAAGUAAUGGUACUUUUUACGAUGACCAGCAGCAGUAUAUUGGCUAUAUUGACACCGUGGGCCGUCAGCAUAGGCGACUGGUGGUUAUUAUGUGUUCUACGCUUCCUACAAGGCUUAGGACAGGGUUCGACCAUGCCAGCUACGGUAACAAUACUGGCCAAAUGGGCGCCAGUUGAGGAACGCAGCUCUUUGGGAACAUACCUCUUUUCGGGAGCACAAUUCGGCACAGUUGUAAUGUUGGGUAGCAGCGGCGCACUGGCCUCCUCCAGCUUAGGUUGGCCAAGUAUUUUUUAUAUACCCGGUAUGUGCGGUUUGUGUUGGGCAUUAAUUUGGCUAUGGCUUGGCGCGAGCUCACCGCGAGAUUGUAAAGCUAUUACACUUGCUGAACGCAAUCACAUCGAAACCUCAUUGAAUGCACACAAGAAAGAUGACCACGAACAUGAAAUGCCCACCAAAGUACCGUGGCGUAAGAUAAUCACUUCACCACCAUUUUUGGCAUUACUAGUGGCACAAUGCGGCUACACAUGGGCCUUCUGGACUCUGCUCACGCAAAUACCGUCGUAUAUGAAUAGUGUACUUCACAAAGAUAUUAAGAGUAAUGCGUUACUCUCUUCCCUACCGUAUCUCACGAUGGUAAUUUUGGGUUUCAUUUGUUGUCCCUUCGUUCGUGCUUUCGAGGAAUCAAAAGUAGUUAGUACGACAACUUCGCGCAAAAUUUUUAAUACCAUCGGUCAAUGGAUACCCGUACCCACAUUCAUAUGGUUGGCUUACGUGAGCGCAGAUGAAAGUGAUUUGGCUGUGGUGCUCUUAACGGUGACUGUUGCGAUCAGCUCGAUAACACAUUUUGGCUGGCAGGUGAAUCAUAUUGAUCUCUCACCACACUUUUCUGGCACAUUGGUGGGUUUGACAAACACAGCCGCAAAUAUAAUGAGCAUCAUUGCACCACUGGUUGUCGGAUAUAUCGUGACCGAUCCGACAAGUUCACAACAAUGGCGUAUAAUAUUUUUCAUCGCUGGCGGCUACAAUUUCAUUGCGAAUGCGCUAUUCCUCGCAUUCGGCUCAGCAGAAAUGCAACCCUGGCAUAAUGACGAAGUCAAGGUGCAGGAGCUACAACCACUAAAUGAGAGUUCGCUGGUGACGAAACCGGUUGACGUUGAGAAGGGGAAGGAAGCUGUUUAAUUCUUUUUUGUAUAUUAUUUGUUUUAAUUUUUUGUUUAACAAAAUAUYUCGGUAUUUYAUUUUAUAUUUAUCGGUAWKUCAUCG